CAUCCAUCACCGCCCCCUUGCCUCCCAUGUCUUCUUCUUCGUUUGAUUCACUCAUUUGAGAGCGUACUCCUUAUAAUCCCUUCCUUUAGCCUUCUCAUGAUUAAUCAUUGAUCAAUCUUCAUCCUCUCUAAUGGCUUUCCCCCCUCAUGCUUUCAUGUUCCAACCCCAUGAAGAUCACCACAAUGACCAUCUCCCUUCCCCUACUUCCCUCAAUUACCUCCCCUCUUGCCCUCCUCACCUCUUCAAUGGCGGCGGCGGCGGCGGUGGUGGUGCGGCGUUUGUGAUGAAAAGAUCGAUGUCGUUCUCGGGUGUGGACAAGUCGGAGGAAGUGCACGGAGACGAUGAGCUGUCCGAUGAUGGAUCACAUCUAGGGGAGAAGAAGAAGAGACUCAAUAUAGAACAGGUCAAGGCACUGGAAAAAAGUUUCGAGUUGGGCAACAAGCUCGAACCCGAGAGGAAAGUUCAGCUGGCCAAGGCCUUGGGGCUGCAACCUAGACAGAUUGCUAUUUGGUUCCAAAACAGACGGGCUAGGUGGAAAACCAAGCAAUUGGAGAAAGAUUACGAUGCCCUGAAGAAACAGUUUGAUGCUCUCAAGGCCGAUAACGAUGCCUUUCAAGCUCAGAACAACAAACUUAAUGCCGAGUUGUUGGCUUUGAAGACCAGAGAUUCGAAUGAAAUCAUCAGCAUCAAGAAGGAAAACGAGGGUUCGUGGAGCGAUAACAGUUGCGACGUCAACUUAGAUAUCUGCAGAGCAACAACGCCAUUGACGAGCGGUAAACAAGUUUUCCCGAGGCCAACGAGCAUGACUCAACUUCUCCAUGGCUCAUCAAGACCAGACCACCUCCAAUGCCUAAAACCCGACCAAGUGGUUCAAGAAGUGAGCUUCUGCAACAUGUUCAAUGAAGUCGAUGAACAGCAAGGGUUUUGGUCAUGGUCCGACCAGCAAAAUUUCAAUUGAAAAAAAAAUUCAAAAACGCCAAAUUCCCCCCC